UACUUCUGAAAGUGUUCUAUCCCUUCAAUCCAAAACAUUUUGAAUUAGGCUCUUGGAAUCACUCUCAGACUCUUCCAUUUAUUUGACCAAAUUAAGUACUUUGUGUGAUACAUAGAUAUUUUUAUAUGCAGUUGUCAUUAAUUUGAAAGAGUUACCUAUGGAUCUUUGAUUGAAUUAAAGAAUCUGUUACUUUGCAUAGAACAGUCAAGUCGAUUUCAGAGUACGUCCUAGUUAAUGUAUUACUUAGUCUAAUGUUAUUUUUGUUCCUGACAUUUUGUCACCAUUGUGCUUCAGUUGGAUGAAGAUAGAUUUUAUGUUGAAUACGAUUUCUAUAGAAGUCUUGUCUUCAUUGUAUUCUCUAAUGAAUUUCAUUGGUUAUUUACUGUUUCUUAAACAUUUGUAAACAUUCAUUAGUUCUACUUCUGGAGUUUGAACAAUAUACAUUCUUUCUGUCCCAUGAAUUAAUGUUUCGAUAAGUGUAUUUUUAUAACUGACUAAAUGAAAUUUAUGCGACUAUUCGUCAAUAUUAGAACGAAUAGUUUGACAAAAAUUGGACAACGGUGGUUUUGGAAAGAAGGAUCCUUAUAAACUUGAAUUGUUACUUGAGCAUCAGCUGAAACUAAUGCAAAUGUUGACAGAUAUCAAAGUUUCGCCUCCCACACAGCCUAGCACAUCUAAUGCAAACACAGCAUCAUCAGUAGACGGCAUCGCAAAUAGCAUCGCUGAGUUUCAUUAUGAUCCUGGCGCCAACGUUACUUUUGACAUGUGGUUCCGUCGUUAUGAAGAUCCAUUUAAAUUUGAUUUUGCUAAUCAAGAUGAUGCUUGGAAGAUUCGGCUGCUACUUCGAAAAAUGGGUGCAAGUGAGCUGGACGGGUACUGUAAUUUGAUCCUGCCUUUGGACUCACGUGAUCGCCGAUUCUCAGACACAGUCCAGACAUUAAGUCAACAUUUCGGCGACGACUCACCAUUGUUUAAUACUCGUUAUCGAUGUUUGAAGCUAAUUAUGAACGAAGACAAUGACUUUCUUACGCAUGUGGGGAUCGUCAACCGUAAAUACGAACGCUUCCGGUUGAAGUCUUUGUCUGAAGACCAGUUUAAAGCCCUUAUCCUCAUUUGCAGUCUCCAGUCCCAAAAGUUCAGUGACAUAAGAACACGGCUACUGUGCCGAUUGGAUCAAGAUCCUAAACUCAGCCUUAGUGACACAGCCAAUGAAUACGAACGCUUCAUUAAUUUGCAACGAGACACGACUAUGAUUCAGAGUGGUAGGUUUAGUCAAUUUGAAGUACGAGUAGUGCAACAGACAUCUAACCAGAAUAAAUGUGCCAUAAAUGUGUCAUUAUCAUGACUUAAGGAGUAAAAUAAUGAUCACGUUAUUACAUCAGAAAUCACAUAAUUGUAAUCUAACUAAAAACAAAAAAGAAUUAUAUGCAUUAAAACAGAUGAGAAAUGAUAAGACAAUUGGGAGAUCAAAUAAGGUGAACAUGAUAGUUAUGAGCACAAAAACCAGGGGGACAUUUAAAAGAGGUCCCUUAUGAACUAAUUAAAAAAAAACGAAAAAUCGGACAACACUUAAUAAACUUAAUUUCGAAACCAGUUUGCAGUCUUAUAAUCGAUGAGAAUUAAACUAGGAUCAUCAUUAUGGUUCAUGUUAUAUUCGAAGAGUUGUAACUCUUGUAGAGUCUAUGGACUUGCAAAGAUUCACAAGAAUAAUCCAUUAAAACUAGUGAUUGGUUUUGAAGAUGCCAGAUGUAUUUGAAGUUUGACAACUCUUUAACCAAUAACACCUUCUAAUAU